AUGUCUUCCUCAUCGCAACUUAGCUCGCUCCCCAGCACGGGGUACGGGCACCAGAGAGUCGCAGGAGCUAGAGAGCAGACAGGAUCCGGAAUUGGGGUGUACAGUAGAUAUGCAGUGGCUGGGGGCAUCUGCUGCUCGUUCACACAUGCAGUUCUCACCCCGAUUGAUGUUGUGAAAACAAGGAUGCAGCUUAACCCUCUGUUGCACCGCCAGGGUAUCUGGAGCGGUUUACGGCAAGUGACCGUCCAGGACGGGGUGGCGGCCUUGGCCACUGGAUUCGGCCCCACGGUUACUGGGUACUUCUUGCAAGGAGCUUGCAAAUUUGGCGGAUAUGAAUUCUUCAAGCAACUGACAGUCGAUGCCAUCGGGCACGACGCCGCGUCUAGAAACCGGAAUGCCGUCUAUUUGACCUCCUCUGCUAUGGCGGAGUUCUUUGGGGUUCUACUUCUGUGUCCGUUUGAAGCCGUUCGAAUUCGUCUCGUCUCUCAGCCGACAUUUGCUCGAGGCCUUGCAGAUGGCCUCGGAAAGAUGGCAUUACAGGAAGGGGUCAAUGGCCUAUACUCUGGCCUGGGGCCCAUAUUACUGAAGCAGAUUCCGUACACGAUGGCUACGUUCGUUGUGUAUGAGAAAGCCAUCGACUUGGCAUAUCAGUCGCUGGAUCGGUCGAAGUUAUCCACUGCGGCACACACUGGGAUCAAUCUCGGCUCCGGCCUGCUGGCAGGAGUGGCGGCCGCGCUUGUUUCACAGCCGGCAGACACGAUGCUGAGCCAGAUCAACAAAACGCAAGCACAGUCCGGAGAAGGAACUAUCCGGCGAUUAUUUAACAUCGCCUCCACACUUGGGAUCCGUGGCAGUUAUGCGGGCAUUCGAGCCCGACUGGUCAUGGUCUCCGGUAUGACUGCGGGCCAGUUUGCCAUCUAUGGUGAUAUCAAACGGAUGCUCGGCGUAGCACCAGGAACCGUCGAUACCAACCACUGA